AUGUAUGCAAUGCUGAGAUUUUACCAGGAACUGCCGCAAAUCACCAUUUUCGCAGAUGUGGCAAUGAGACUAGUCAACUAUUCAAAAGUACUCUGGCCAUUUGCAUGUAGUGCAGUGUUUAUGUUGAAAGACCUGAGAUUAUAUCUUGAAGCUCUCGAAUACUUUGAUGGACGUGUACAGUACAAAAAUCAGAAAAGAGGAAAAAUCGUCUGUUUAUUUUUGUGCUCUGUUUCCAUUGUUCUAAUAGCGGCAGAAUUCGCUUUGGCUCCUGUCUAUUUGCGCCGGUAUCCUGAGAAUACACGCGUAUUACAGUUGAUCCUGUCUGUAGUAUUCAGAAGCCUGGAAUACCUCGUGCUGCUGCAGAUCACCACACUUGUACUGGAACUGCACACGAGGUUUCUUGUACUCAACGACAGUAUCCUCACAACUGCCACACAUCACUGCAACAAGCACUUUUCGCGCAUCCUCCUGGGCUACGUUCGACAACCAGAUCUGGUAUCCCAGCUCGGGGUGGACCGGCUGCACCACGCACACGCAGUUCUCCAGCGGGCAGCAGAACUUCUCCAGCGCCACUUCGGCGUCACCCUGGUCCUUCACGUGACGACAGCAUUCUCCGCUCUCAUAUACGGCGCAUACCAGUUCCUGGUGAUGUGGGUGGCGCCAGAGAAGAGCAACGCCACCGUGGUCAACAAUUCCAAGGCGUCGGCGGCAACGUGGCUGACGUCACACCUGCUGAACCUGGUGGCCGUGGUGCUCUCCUGCUCGGCGACGGUGGACGAGGCAGAGCGCACGCGCGACCUGGUGGUGAGGGUCGCCACGCUGCGGGGGCGCCCGUUUCUCAGCGCGGGGAUGGAGCCGCUGCUGAUGCAAGUGCUGACCUCUCGCCCGCUGUCGUUCAAGGCUGCCGGUUUCCUCACCAUCGACCGCCGUCUGCUGGUGACCGCUCUCUGUGUCACCAUCACAUAUUUAGUCAUACUAGCUCAGCUUUCUCUCAAUUAA